CCUGGCCCCGCCCUUCCGCCUCGCCGAGCGGCGAACUCCGGGGAAGAAGCCGGUUGGCCGAGGUGAGACGGAGGCCGCGGGCGCGUGACGGUCGGCCGCUCGCUCCGCGCCCUGAACUCUGCCGGUUCGAGUCCCGCCGGGAGGCAGCGAGGCGCGCCUGGUCAGGGUGCCUGGGAGACCCCGCCUCCCGCCUUGGAUGGUCCAGCGGGGAAGAAACAAUGGAGGAGCUGAGCCAAGCUCUCGCUUUCAGCUUUGCUGUCUCCCAGGACCUCAACAGCACAGCAGCACCACACCCCCGGCUGGCACAGUACAAAUCCAAGUACAGCUCCUUGGAGCAGGCAGAGAGGCGACGGCAGCUCCUUGCAUUUCAGAAAACUAAGCGAUUGGAUUAUGUCAACCAUGCUAGGAGGCUGGCAGAGGAUGAUUGGACAGGCACCGAGGAGGAGGAGGAGGAGGAGGACGAGGAGAGGGCAGGUGCAGACAGUGCAGACAUGGAGAUGGAAGUCGGGACGAAGCUACCAAAACGCUACGCCAACCAGCUGAUGCUGUCUGAAUGGCUGAUUGACGUGCCCCCAGAUUUGGUGCAGGAGUGGCUGCUGGUGGUGUGCCCUGUGGGGAAGAGGGCUCUUAUUGUGGCAUCUCAGGGCUCCACUGCAGCUUACACCAAAAGCGGUUUCUGUGUCAACCGAUUCCCUUCUCUUUUGCCAGGUGGGAGUCGCCGUACUUCAGCAACAGGGAAAGAAUACACAAUCCUGGACUGCAUCUACAGCGAGGCCCAGCAGAUGUACUACAUCCUCGAUGUGAUGUGUUGGCGGGGACACCCUGUGUACGACUGCCAGACAGACUUCAGGUUCUAUUGGCUGCAUUCAAAAAUGCAGGAAGAGGAUGGCCUGGGAAAGAAAAGCCGUCUUAAUCCAUUUAAAUUUGUGGGACUGCAGAGUUAUUCCUGCACACCGGAAAGCCUGUGCAAGGUUCUGGCCACAGAUUUCCCCUUUGAGGCAACCAAGCAAUUCCUUGAAGAGAUUAACAAGUGGACAGUCCAAUACAAUGUGUCUCCCCUCUCUUGGAAUGUGGCAGUCAAAUUCCUCAUGGCCAGGAAAUUCGAUGUCCUGCGAGCGAUCGAGCUCUUCCAUUCCUACAGGGAAACCAGGCUGAAGGAAGGGAUCGUGAAGCUGAAGCCUCAUGAGGAACCUCUCCGCUCAGAGCUGCUUAGUGGAAAGUUCACCAUCCUGAGCGUACGAGAUCCCACUGGAGCAUCGAUUGCCCUCUUCACUGCCAAGUUGCACCAUCCCAACAAAAGCAUCCAACAUGUGGUCCUCCAAGCGCUCUUUUACUUGCUGGACAGAGCUGUGGAGAGCUUCGAAACUCAGCGAAAUGGCCUGGUAUUUAUAUAUGACAUGGCAGGCUCCCACUAUACCAACUUUGAGCUGGAUCUCAGCAAGAAAAUCCUGAACCUUCUGAAGGGAGCCUUCCCAGCCCGUCUCAAGAAGGUAUUCAUUGUGGGUGCUCCUAUGUGGUUCCGAGUUCCAUACUCCAUCAUCAGCCUGCUGCUUAAAGAGAAACUCCGGGAAAGGGUCCAGAUGGUGAAGAUGUCUGAGCUGAAGGAGCACCUGCCCCAAGAGUGUCUCCCCGAGUACCUGGGCGGAUCCCUCAAACUAGAUCCCCUCAGCUGGAACUGCAGGUUCCUCCCACAGCAGAACGGCCACCCGGACCCCCUUGAUGAGCUGAUUCUGGUGCCACUGGCAUCCCCCCGGGACAACGGCUCGGUGCACACGCCGGGGCCAAAGGCCAUGACGGUGCAGGAGGUGCUGGAGCACGUCACCCAGAAGCAGAAGCGGGGCAUCUAUGAGGAGUACGAAGGCAUCCGGCGCAGGAGCCCGGCAGGAACAUUUGCCUUCUCCUUGUCUCCCUUCAACCAGGAGAAGAACAGAUAUGGGGAUGUGCCGUGCCUUGACCAAACGAGGGUGAAGCUGUCCAAGCAAUUCAGCUAUCCAGAGCUGACAGAUUACAUCAACGCCAGUUUCAUGGAUGGCUACAAGCAGAGGAAUGCAUACAUUGGCACCCAAGGGCCGUUAGAGAACACAUAUGGUGACUUCUGGCGCAUGGUGUGGGAGCAAAAUGUGCUGGUGAUAGUCAUGACUACGAGGCUGGAAGAAGGAGGCAGACGGAAGUGUGGCCAAUACUGGCCAUUGGAGAAAGACUUCCAGACUUGCUAUGGAAACCUGACGGUCAGCAAUCUGGGAAUAGAGAACCUCAACCAUUACAAGAAAACCAUUCUGGAGAUCUACAACUUUGAGAGCCGCGAAAGGCGACUGGUGACCCACUUCCAGUAUGUGAGCUGGCCUGACUAUGGUGUCCCGUCCUCAGCAGCAACUCUCAUCGACUUCCUGGGGGCUGUCAAACAUCAGCAGAGGGUGGCUGUCAGUGCCUUGGGGCCACGCUACAAAGGCCAUCCUGGUGGGCCACCUAUUGUGGUGCAUUGCAGUGCUGGCAUUGGCAGGACAGGUACCUUCUGUGCUCUGGACAUCUGCCUGUCUCAACUGCAGGACGUGGGCACGCUGAACGUGCAGCAGACAGUGGUGCGGAUGAGGACGCAGCGAGCUUUCAGCAUCCAGACCCCCGAGCAGUACUACUUCUGCUACUUGGCCAUUAUUGAGCAUGCGCAGAGAGAGAACCUGCUGCCUUCCUCCUACGCCUGGGCAGGGAAGGAGAAGAGCUAAUAGGAAUCCUGGCCCAGUGGCCACAGAGCAGCAGGGACCAGGCCAAACCCUGUUUCCUCCCUUCCUCCCUCUUGACCAAACCAGAUUUGUCAGCAUCUUCAGAUGCAGCUUUGCCCAGAACACUGAUUUGAGUCAAUUUUUCUGCCGCUGAGGCUAUCAGAAACUUUCUGUUUGACUAGCUGGCUAGCUCAAGUCACAACUAGUAGCCAUGGGCUAUUAAGGCUUGCAUUCUCCAAGACUAGCACCCUUGAUUGAACUGUGCCUUAUUAAAAAAAGAACAAACCAAACUUCCGGCCCUGACUUGCCACUGGAGGCAAACAGGGAGAAGAUGGAACUCCUUGCCAUGUCAGUGUCCUCCACCUUCUGGAGACAGCGGGGGUGCUGCUUUCCUGGUUCUGAUGCAGAAGGGGACCCUUUCCAGUUAUAUCCAAGGCCAGGAUAGAAGAAGAUUUCUGUCUUGCCCACCACUGAAUCUAGGUGUUUCCUUGUCUGUAUGUACUUAAUACACACUCCUCGUUCAAAGAUGUAGCCAGUAUUCUCUUUGCAUAAAUACGAUGCAGAGUCCUAAUAUCUUACAGGGACCUUUUGUAUUGAGUGGCAGCAUCAGUGUUAUGAAUUAUGUUAAUGGUUCUUGUCUGCCCAGCCUGCCCAAGGUUGGUCUUGCCCACUGUGCCAUCCCAGUUCACCCACUGAUGUAGCUUCAACAUACACACACUUGCAAGGGCACACCUGUUGUGCAGAGGCGUACAGGUUGCGUGCAAGUUGUGAUGUCAUAUCACACAAAUGCCGCAGUGCCUGGUGUGUGUGUGUGUCCAUGUGAUGUUGCCACAGCAGGAUGCACCCUUAACCUGCAAGGAUCCUCCGUGCCACAUCCCAGUGGGAUUCUUCUCCCCUGCCUUCACCUUUCUUGCCUGUGACUGUAUUUUGAGCCUGCAGAAAAGGUUAUUAGCUGGGGUGCAGAUCUGUGGGUCUCUUUUCCUGCGAUGUGGGGUGGGGCAUGUGGAACCCACUUGCAGUUUUGCUGCUAGCCAGGAAUGCUAGGCAGUUGUUGGUACGAAGGACUCAGCAGGGGACAGUGUGGAUGUGAGUGGCCAAAUAAGUGGGGCUUAACCCCCAAACAUCUGGGAGAAGGGAGGUAGAGGAAGGAGACUUGAUAUCGGGCCUCAGAUCUGUUCUCUUCCACAGCCCCUCCUCUCCGACAAAACCUUGAAAGCCAAUUUUGUUUAAGUGGGGAAAUUCUUGCUCUCUACAUCCAGUUCUUUCUCCUUGCGCAGCCUGCCAGUGACAAGACUGGGAGCUCCUGUUUUCUUAAAGCAGGCUGACAGCCACCCUCCACCCCAAUUUCUGCUUGGAGAGGAGGAGGGUGGCAUCUGAGCUGCCCUCAGUAACUUUAUACUGGAAUAAGCUCUUUUGAAUGCGCAUAUUUUUUAUUUUUUACAACCCCUUUUUCUUUCUUUCUCUCCCUCUCUUUCUCAGUUUUGUAUUUAACAUUAACUUGAUCAAGUCCGAAUUGGAGAUAACUGUAAAUGUUCCUAUUUGCUAUUGUAUGGCGAUUUCUUUCUCUCCCUCCCUCCCUCUCUCUCUUGUAUUUGCAAAUAAAUAUACCUACAACCCA